AUGCCAGAAACUCAUCCAAAGCCACCACUACACUCAUACAAGUUGGCACCAAUGCGUGACAUCGAAACAGAACCAACAGAGCCCACAUUGAACCAAAAAACUAAAGAGAGUAAAGCAUCUGACCAAUGCGGAAUCUUCUCCCAGUACGGAUGGGGUCUUGAGAUACUAUCAGCAUCUGCCAGCUUCGUCCUUUUCAUAGGAAUGGUCGUGAUCUUUUGGACCAUGCAGGAUGAACCUGUUUCGAAAUGGCCAUUUCCAAUAUCGAUCAAUGCAACGAUCGCCAUCCUUUCAACAGCUUGUACGGCAGCUAUGAUGCACAACGUCAGCGCCUUCAUAGGCCAACUCAAAUGGCUCUAUCUCAAACUCAAACCCCGCCAACUUUACAACGUUCACAGAUUCGAUGAAGCCAGCAGAGGUCCAUACGGAUCAAUGCUGUUUCUCCUUAACGUAUCCUGCAAUAUGGCCACUAUUGGUGCGCUCAUCACAAUCCUUCGACUAGGAUUCGCUCCAAUGGCCCAGGAGGUUAUCAGCUUAGAGCCUCGGUCAGUAAAUACUACUGAUAAGAACGCUACAUUUGGGUUCGCCCAUUCCUACAACAGGAGCCUGUAUAGGGGUGAUAACGGCGAAGCUAGAGCAAAUGGAAGCGUCUUUUUCUUCAACAACACCCAGACAGUCGAUCUUGAGUGGAAUGAAACUCGUAACUUUGAGAUGCAACGCCUCGUCAGCUCUCCUACCAAAGCUGGCAUACCUGAAAUGUACGUUGACUGGGGUGCCGAAAUGGCCUUAAAAGACUUUCUACAGUCGCCGACCUUUCAGCUGGAGUUUGUAGAAGGGGCGUAUGGCAAUAUGAGACAUGGAUUAGGCGCUGCACUUGGCGGCAAGGUGAACAUCUCCCACGCUUUCGACAAUAUGGCGAGCAGUAUGACAGACUACAUACGAUACGGGCCAAAUAUACAAUUAGCAACAGGGGUUAGAAUCGACACGGAGAUAUUUGUUGCUGUGCAUUGGUAUUGGUUAGUCGGGCCAGGGCUGGUAGAGCUGGCUUCAUUGUUAUUUGCUGUCGCCACGAUAGUUGGUAAUACCAGAAAGCAAAAGGUGCCUCUUUGGAAGUCUUCGGCACUGGUGCUUCUGGCUUGUCAGCAUGAUGCGGAUGAAGGUCUCAUCCGAGGAACAUCUGAGAGUGUUAUUGAGCUCGAAAAGAGAGCAAGGAGUUCCAAGUUACAACAGCUCGGCCGACUCAGUGGCAAAGAACUUACCGCGAAGCUUGGAGACUAA